GUGGACUCUCCCGCAUGUGAGUGUUACUCUUCUUCUUCCUCACCUAUCUCUUGGUUCGUGUGUAUAUAUAGUCAUUUACAGAGCAUUGUUCAUCUUUCUUUCACCGCCUCUUUCUCUUUUGCUUCUCCACACUUCAAAGAUACUCAGGAAAGCUUAUAACAGAAUCGCAAAAUGGAGAAAGUAGCGGCGUCCACCGUAACAGACCUCGCAUACGUGACGGCGCUAAACUCACCACCGCCUCCGUUAUCACCACAAUCUGACAAAAGCGUCACCAAACAGCACCAGGAAGAUUUCGCCGCAAGCUUCGCCUCGCUCUACAACUCCAUCUUCUCGCCGGAAUCUCAGUUCCCCGACUCGCUUUCCCUCUCUCCGUCACCUCCCUACUCCUCCUCCUCUCCUCCCUCUCGCCUCGACGACGCCGCCACCGAGCACCGCCUCCGCCAAGCGAGUCUCAUCCUCGAAUACGACGAGCUCAACGAGCACUACGAGAUCUGCCUCUCCCGUCUCCAGUCCCUGAUGACGGAGCUCGACUCGCUCCGCCGCGAGAACGACGCGCUCCGCCAGGAGAACGUCGAUCUCCUCAAGCUCAUCCAUAUCUCCACUUCGUCUUCCUCCUCCUCCUCCGUCUCCGUCUCUCCACCGCACGUCCAUAACCGCCAGAUCUCCGAACAUCGUCAUCCGGUGAGAUCGAGCAAUCCGGAGAGAAAAUCGUUGCCUAAAUCCAUCUCCGUCCGCUCGCAAGGAUAUCUCAAGAUGAUGAAUCAGGGAAGCCAUGGAUGUAACGUCGCGAGUCAUCAAACGAGUCAACUCAGUUCCGACUCGGUAACUCAAAAGGUGUGUGUGCCAACGAAAGGGGAGAGAGAUGCGUUGGAGCUUGAGGUUUACCGUCAAGGGAUGACGAAGACGGAGCUUUGCAACAAGUGGCAAGAGACGGGAGCUUGUCCUUACGGCGAUAACUGCCAGUUCGCUCACGGAAUCGACGAGCUACGUCCGGUGAUAAGGCACCCUCGCUACAAAACCGAAGUCUGCCGUAUGAUCGUUACUGGAGCCACGUGUCCUUACGGCCACCGUUGCCAUUUUCGUCACUCACUUACCGAUCAAGAGAGGAUGCUUCUCACUCACUGAUCUGCGAAGAGCAAAGGUUUAUAUACGUAAUAAAUAAAAAAGGGUAAUAAUGAUAAUUAGCGGCUUGUACAGAUUUUCAGAUUUGAUGAUACCUUUAAAUAUCGUUAUUUUUUUCUGGGUAAUUGGAUGAUAGAAAGGGAACUAUGUUAAAUAAAUGUUGAUACGGUUAAAGGAAUAUAAUUACGGAUGGAGAUGAUGA